UAAUUUCUAAACACCAAUAAUCAAUAACAGCAAUAACAACAAUAAUAAUGAAGAUAUUAUAAAUCAAAAUAACUAGAGCAAACAAAAAAAACAGCUUCAUUCCAGCAAGCAACUAAUUUCUUUCUCCGUCAAUUUUUCUGAUAAACACAAAAUCAAAAGAGACUAAUAAAGAUUAUAUCAAGACCAGACUCACCUUCUCCUUGUGUAUAAUCAUCACCACCAUGGAUAGGUUGGUGAAAGCAGAACCCAAUGAAGUUGAACUUCACUUCCAGAAGAACCAAAAGUGCAGUUCCUCGUUUAAGCUCACAAACCUCAUGCACACCAUGUCUGUUGCAGUUUCCCUAACAACAACAAACCCAACUAUUUUUUCAAUCAACAAACCCUUAUCCGUAAUUCCACCACUCUCUUCUGCAUCUUACAUCAUUCAUCUCUCAAACCCUAACAUUAAUCAACCACCUCUCUCCAACCCUGCUGACGUCAUCACCGUCCGAACUUCUAUGCUACCUACCGGUAAGGCCAACACAGACGAUCUCCGCCGUCUCUUUAACAAACCUGGUCCCCACGUUUUCCGUGAUGCCGUUAUAACCGUCGCCUUAGUGGGUCCCGUCGUCGCUGAGUUUCUCAUCUCAAAUCGCUCCUCCAUCAAUGAAACUCGUAGCUUCUUCACGAAAGCCAUAUCCGCUUGUGAGAAAUCGCAUCUCUCGAAUUUGCUGAAACCCGCCAUUGAAAGCGGUGAAUCGGAUUACGUCGCUGCUCUGAUCGCCGCCGGUGGAAACGCGAAUUUCAAGGACUCAAACGGUAAAUCCUUCAUUCCGUUCGCAAUCAGAGCCGGGAAACUCGAUAUUCUGAAGCUUCUUGUAGCUUCCGGUUGCAGAAUCAACGACUCGGUAGAUUUUGUUCUGCACGAAGCCGCAAAUUUGAAUCGAAUCGAUAUUGUGAAGUUUUUGUUGGAGUUUUUCAGAGACGAAUUGGAUGUGAAUUCUGUGAACACCGAAAUGAGAACAGCGAUUCACGUGGCGGCGAUGGAAGGUCACGUGAGUGUGAUUGAAUUUUACGUUUCGAUUGGUGGAAACCCUAACGCGGUAGAUUCUCAAAGGCUGACCCCGCUUCACUGCGCGGCGUCGAGAGGUCACUUGAAGGCGGUGGAGUUUUUAUUGGAAAUCUCCGACGUGAAAUACGCGAGAGACAUAAACGGGAAGACAGCGUUUGAAGUUGCGGAGGAGAGUGGACACACGCGGUUGUUUGAUUUACUACGUUACGGCGACACGCUUCUACGCGCGGCGAGGGUGGACGAUGUACACACAAUGAAGAGGUGUUUAGGGGAAGGAGUGGAGGUGAAUAGAAAAGAUCAGAACGGGUGGACCCCACUUCAUUGGGCUUCAUUCAAGGGUCGAAUAAAGAGUGUUAAGGUAUUGUUGGAACACGGUGCUGAGGUUGAUACUGUUGAUGAUGCUGGUUACACUCCUUUGCAUUGUGCUGCUGAAGCAGGACAUUUGCAAGUUGCUUUGUUAUUGAUUUCUCAUGGUGCUUCUCAUAAGAGUCUCAAGACAUUUCAACAUGCUUCCCCUCUUCAAUUGGGUUCUUUCCACAAACAUGUAUCUCUUCAUCAUUAUAAAAAAUCUGAGUCCAUUAUUGCUUAACUCUAUACUGAUGUAAAUGUAAAUUUGUAGUUGUACUAUUAAUACUCUAUGUAAUUUGCACAUACUAGCUUUCUUAUGGGCUUAGCUUGUCAAGUGAAGUGUCUAUUGCAACUUCUUUUUGCCUGUCGACUGUGACUUCUGGCUUCAACGCCGAGCUGGGAAAAUUAUUUUUGUUUUCAGAGAUUUCUGCAAUCUAGUUACUGAGUGUUUUUUGGCAAUAAGAAAUUGUGUUUUGUUUUA